AUGAGAGUCGGGGCUGCAGAAGCCCCUGAGCUAACUGAUGAGCAGGUUGAUAAUGUUGACGCCAUGCUUGCCUUUGAGAAGGCUACGCCCGCCGAAGAGGCGUCGGUGUUGCUGGACUUCAACCACCUUGUAACAAAUGAGAAUAUGCGAAAUAUUCUUGGUUACGACAUCCCUAUUUCCGAUCUUCCUUUCUUGAAGGGUAAGGAAAAAGUUCCCGAGGGACCGAAGAAAUCUAAGGAGCAUGAAAAGGCUCCAAAAACUGUCAAGAAGCUUCUUGUUAAUGCCCAACGGAUCGAUGCCGAGCAGGAAGCUAAAGCCAAGAAAGCAGCCGAGAAAAAAGCCGUCGAGAAGAAAACUACCGAGCUGAAGGCUACCGAGAAGUUGGCGGGAAAAUCAAAGGCUUCCCAUGAAAGGCCUCAGUUGGGCAAAGAGCCUGAGAGGGAGCCUGUUAAGAAAAAACCAAGGAUUGAGGCGGCACGGUUGUAUCUCAAAUCAAUUGGUUCUGUAGUUAAGGGUAUUCCCAUUCGCGCCGAACCCUUGUCGAUGAUCACCUCCGAACACUCACUUCAGGAUGCCGAGGAGGAGGCUACGCCUCAUCAUCUAUCACUAGGCGGAGUACCAGUGCUCCGUGAUGAAGAUGUGCUUAGCGCGCAGCCUGCGGGCCAAGAUGUGACUCUUACGUCCAUGGCUGGGGAAGAAGUGGCUCAGACCGCCCUUCCUGAAAGUCAUUCGGCCUUACCCCAGUUGCUGACUGCACAGGUAGAAAUUGAGGUCGAGACCCGACAAAUAUCGCAGCCAGAAGUGGCGGUUGAAGUCAGUGAUGAUGCGGGAUCCAUCCCGGCCGAAGCUGAUAGCGCGGUCGUCAUGGUAAAUAACAGGCCCUCAGUGUAUCCUGUGGUCGAGGAAGCAGAGCCAAGUUGUAGCAUGCCCUUUGUCGGCGUUUGGACCGACCAGGUCGGGCCAACGGCAAUGUCUACUUACGAUUCCAUCGGGUUUUUUAGGCCAGCCCGGGAAUACGAAUAUGAUAAGGCCUCACUGGAAGAGCGCUUGGCUGGGCUGAUUAUGGAUGUAAUACGGGCUCUGACCCCGGCCAAUUACUUAGGGCAAAGCACCGCUGGGUUCAUUCCAACUGAGGAUAUGAUUGAUGCAUUGGUCCGACUUCAGACCAUGCACGGGAGUUUCCACCGAGACCAGGUUCCGGUCAUAGCCGGGCUUCAACAACAGAUUUCCGAGCUCGAGCUCGAGUUGGCUCGAAGACAAUCUCUUAAAUCAGAGGUGGCUAGGCUGAAUAAGCUUCUUGCCGAACGAGAGUUGGAGUUGGCCAAACAUGAUGAGUUAGUUGCUGAUGCCGAGCUCAGGCGAAAUGCGGUCGAGGAAACUAGCUGA